AUGUUGUCCGUGAGUGGCAAUGUCGGGUCAACGGGAAAGGGCAUCCUGAUCGGGAUACUCUCUGCCUUGGGAUCCGCUGGAGUUGCAGUUAUCGUUCUCGCUAUUUUCUUCCUACUCAGAUAUACUCAAAGUGGUCGUAUUAUUCUCGACCGCCUGGGACGGCCAGGGGAAUUUGACGAUGAACAAGCGUUUGCUAGGGAAGAGGCUGAGGCCCUAGAGUCGAUGGAUGAGCUGCAGCAGGCAGAAUACCUCAGAGCCAAAGCCUUUGUCCAGGCAAAUCGCCCUGAAUCAACGCAGACCGAUAUAUCCUUAUCACAGUUCCUGGCAAUCCAAGAAAAAGGUGUAUCUGCAUGGGAGUUUGAACCUGAAUUAGAGAUCGCGAAUUGCUUUGUCGAAGCGCGGACGGAGAUCGAGUUCUUCGACUCUGAAUGCAGUGUCCAGAGCAAUCUACCCGUCCCAAAACAAAAUGAGGUAUACUACUGGGAAGCUAAGAUAUAUGAUAAACCUGAGUCGAGUCUUAUCAGUAUUGGCAUGACCACAAAACCGUAUCCUUUGUUCAGAUUACCCGGCUUCCAUAAAUGCUCUCUAGCUUAUCAGUCCACGGGCCACCGCCGAUUUAACCAGCCUUUCACCCCUACUCCAUACGGCCCUGAAUUUGUGCAGGGUGACGUUAUCGGUGUUGGUUAUCGGCCACGCAGCGGAACCGUUUUCUUUACCCGAAAUGGAAAGAAGCUGGAGGAUGUGGCUCAUGGACUCAAAUCUCAAAAUUUUUUUCCAACUGUUGGGGCGAACGGCCCGUGUACGGUUCACGUUAAUUUUGGCCAACUUGGCUUUGUUUUCAUUGAAGCAAACGUGAAAAAAUGGGGCCUCGCACCUAUGACCGGAAGUCUAGCUCCUCCACCUCCAUACGGCAGCGAGCAAGGUAGCAUCCUUUUGGAGACCGGCCGUGAAAGCACACAUACACCGCAAUGGUGGGAUUCAGCACACUCGCGGACCAGAAGUGGCACCGUUCGGCUCAACCAAGGCGGCCCUGUUCGCUCUCCUACAGAUAUUUCUCUGGCGCACCUUCCACACAUGUCUCCGCAACCGGACGCCGAUAAUGGGACAUCUGGAUCUGUUAACGCUCCCAUAGAUGACGACAACCAAACGAUACGCCCUCCCGUGAACCCUGAUCAACCGCCUCCCAAAUACUCUAGCCCUGGCACAAGCCCUCCAGAUAGCCACGAUGGCGACACUCGAAUCGAUAUCGAACCUAAUACUAAUGAUCCACCAAUCCCAUCCUACGAUGUUGCCGUGUCCUCCAGUGCCUCUGGCCAACGCCAGUAG